AUGCAGUUUUCCAGCCUCCGCGGCGCAUUUGCCGUUCUCUUAAUCGCAUACUUCAGCACGGAAGUUGCUGCGAUCUCGGGUGGUGACCUUGAGACACAUCGGCUGCUGCGAGCAGCUACAAAACGAACAGACUUGUAUCGGAGGGGUGUGAGGAUCACCAAGAGAUUCGAGUCUGAGUUGGCCUACGUGGACAAUGAGAACGUCUGGAAUGACAAGUCUACAUUUGCUUCGCAGGUCAAAGUCGGCGGGCAGAGACCACUACUCAACUUGGAAGAGCAUGAACAUCACCUCAAAGAUGUGCAAUGUGGGGAUGACACGAUGAAGCUACACUUUGUGGAUACUUCUUCAGCACGAGACGCCCGAGCGGCCUGUCAUGACGCGGAUGGUGGUUUGAUCAUCACGUCCCACGAGGGCUGUAAUGAUGAGGGUGAGCGAUCGGUAUAUCGGGUCAAUGACGUGUCGUUCGCUGAGGACGGUGAAGCCCUUGAGUUGUCCGUCUCAAAGACAACAUGGCGAGCAGCAUUUGAUCAUGUCGACAUAUCGUUCGGCCACACCACAGACGAUCAUAUUUACCGACGCCACUCCGACUUCACCAGGAUUCGUAACAAGCGACAGAACAAGGUCGACAUACCGGCAGACACUCCCGACGAUGUCAACACUGUCUCCUUUGACCUAUCGUCGGAGCUUCUCGACACCACUUUCCCGGUCGAAGCUUUCCUAUCGGGUAUUGCUGGCCUUGUUGGAGCACCUGAUGUACCGUUGCCGAUCGAGAUUGGGUGCAAGCGAUGCGCGACAAGUGGGCAAAUCGCCCUUUCACAGGGUGCCUUCAACAUCGAUCUUUCCCAAAUCGACCUCAUUCCGGACAUCUUCGAAGGCGGUGACGACGGCAAGGAGAUUUCGCACGUCAUCAGUGGUGGUUUCGUAGAGCUUGUGGCGACUGGCGUUGGUGCAACACUGGACUUGUUCGCUAGACCGCCCAGCUCUGGGAAGUUCGAGGUCGCUUUGUUCCAACUUCCUAUUGCUGGUUUUACAAUUCCGGGGAUUGGGAAGGCUGGAGCUAUCUUUGAGCCCAGGCUCGCCUUUGACUUUAACAUCAGCGGUACGCUUGAAGUCAACUACGGACUCCAGCUUACGGUUCCUGAUGGUUCCAGUAUCCGAGUGGAGCUUGCUGAUCUUGCUAGCAGCCGCGUUACUGGCUUCCAGGAAACGAGUCUCACUCCGCUGCCCGUCAAUGUUAACAUCACUGACGCAGAGAUCUUGCUUGGUCUCGCGUUCGUCCCUGCCAUACCGAUUGGUUUCGACUUUCUGGAUCAGCUGAAGGCUGAAGUCACACCAUCGUUGAACUUACCCCGUCUGGACGCGAAGCUGUCGAGCAACAUUCCGGAGAACUGUGGUGCCGGCAACAGCAGCAAUGCUACGGGACCGGGUGCGCCAUUCGCCAACCAGACAGCGGAAUUCCCACCCGAACUUCUCAGCCUGGGCUCUCUUGCUUUGGUCGAAGCAAAUGUUUCUCUUUCGAUCGAUAUCGCUCUGGAUGUUUCGAUACCAAUCCUUCCUCCACCUUUCAAUGCAGUCGGUGUCCAGGAGAAUAUUUUCACAGCCGUCUUCCCUCUACUCUCCGGCUGCGCAGCACCUGAGAGUGCUUUCGAUAACGUUACAGGCGUUAUCGUGCCUCCGCCUCCGCCGAUGAUGGUUGAAGCUACAUCCGCGCCUCCGAAACUGGAAGCCAACAUGACCGCGGCGCCGAAGCUAGAAGCCAACAUGACAUCUUUGUUCAGCGCGACCGUAUCUGGAACGCCAAUUGCAGACACUACAGCGAAGACUACAGCGACUAUUGCUAGUGAGAUGGCCGCGGCUCCCACUUUGAUGCCAAACGUCACCUUCAUAUUCGCCAGCGACGUGGUCCCGUCCUCCGCAGAGUCGAUUGCUACUUCGAUACCGAUGAGUAGCGCCAUGUCUACGACUUUGCUCUUGAACACUACUUCCCUUGCCAUGAGUAGUAUGGUGUCUACGACUGCUGUUUUGAGCAGUACCUCCGCUGUGGCAAGCAGCACCGCGUAUGCGACGUCGCUGUUGAACACUACUUCGACCAUGGCGAGCGAAGCAGUUUCUACGCCAUGCACUAGUUCUCUGCUGAACUACACUUCGGCUCUAAUGAGCUAUGCUGUCUCCACGACUUCAUCCGCUGCUACUACAACAGCCCCGGCUGUUGAGUACACCCCGUCAGCAACGUUGUUGCUCAACACUACAACAACCGCAGCCGACAGCACUUCGACUGUAGAGGUCACGAGCACUGCUUACGUUACUUCUAAGGUAACUGCGGAAAUCACAGUGACUGCUUCCGCGAGCGCGUCGUCAGCUGCUGAGACUCUGAGCUCUGCACCUCUUACGUCAGAGGCUUUGACGAGCAACACGACAUCUGUGGCUUCGAGCACAGCCAACCAAUCUUCGGCUGUCGUCCCCGCUUCGUCGAUGGAAUCAUCGAUUGAUUCCGCAACACAGGCUUCGUCUGCAUCGCCAUCUUCAUCGUUCAUUCCCACUUUCAACAUAUCGAGUUCAGCAAGCCCAGCCUCUUCGGCCUCGUCGAGCGCUUUCGAAACUUCUCUCGUAAUUUCUUCUUCCGUCGCUUCGACAACACCAAUCGCAUCCGCACCGGCUGUCGCGACAGAGAACCUUCCGCCGCCGGCACCGGUAGUUACUAUGGCGGCUGGCUUUCUGGUGCCGAGUAAUGCCAGCGCUGCGCCCGUACAGCAGACGGCUCCUUUGGAGUUCACCGGUGCUGCGGCAAGGCAUGCACCCGAG